ACUCGCCAGUCUGAACUUCCACCUAUAGGCAUCAUCUUUGCAUUGCUCCUGCCUGACCAAGAUCAUUGCCACCAUGGUCGGCCAAAGCUUACUUCUUGUGGAAGCCAGUUCCGGGCGUGUCUCAUCUACAUCUACAGCCCAUGGCUAAACUUCUUCUAUUGAUCAGCCAUGCAGGUAAGCGAGUUUUGUCUAUCACCUCGCGAUAUGCGGUGAAACGCUCUAUUCGUACGUAGUUGUGGGUGGGGUUCUGCCUUGUCCUCGGCGUUGUAUUCUAACGACUCAAGACUCUUUUCCACACAUAAGUGCUCGUCCAAGGCCUCCAGAAAAUCUCCAAUUCCGGUUUUCUACCGUCAUACAACCAUGCUCGUGUCUAGUCUCCUUCUUUCUGCUGUUACGCUCUUCUCUCCCCUAGCUUCGGCAGCCUUUGGUCUCACUAGCAACAGCAACAGUUUCAUCAUUGAUGCUGGUUCCUCCAAUACACUUGUUGUGACUGUUGACAGGAAAAGCUGCGACAUAACUUCUAUUCUGUAUCGUGGUGAAGAGCUACAGUACAAAAGCACAGGAUCCCACAUCAGCUCUGGUCUUGGAACGGCCACUGUGUCUGGAGAUGUCGUCGCCAGUCAAUAUGCAAAAAUUACUUGCAAGACUUCCACUCUGACUCAUUACAUCAUCGUCAGAAGUGGUGAUAGUUCGAUUCACAUGGCCACCUACACGACUGCAGAACCUACCAUCGGCGAACUUCGAUUUAUUGCUCGUCUCAACUCGAAAGCCCUACCUCUAGAGUAUCCUUUUGGAGCUGCUUCUACAAUUGCCGGUAGUACCUCCACCGUGGAAGGCUCUGAUGUUUUCGUUGUCAAUGGCGAAACACGAAGCAAAUUCUACUCCAGUCAGCGAUUUAUCGAUGACAAGGUCCACUGCGUCUAUCGCGAUGGGUCUGAUCCAAUUCAUGCUUGUAUGGUUCUGCCUGACCCUGCAUAUGAAGCUUCCAGUGGUGGGCCUUUCUUCAGAGAUAUCGACUCCAACAAUGUUGGUGAUUAUACAGGCCUUUACUUUUACAUGAACUCUGGCCAUGUACAAACAGAGCCCUUCCGUCAAGGUCUCCACGGGCCCUACACUAUCGCAUUUAGUCGUUCGGGUAUUCCUUCCGCCAGUGGAGCUGAUACUUCGUUCUUCUCAAGCUUGGGCGUUACUGGUUAUGUAGCUGACUCCGGUCGCGGUCGUGUUUCUGGCACGGCUUCUGGUAUCAGUGGUUCUCUUCAGAGGAUCGUCCACUGGCACAACACCAACAACCAAUACUGGACAUAUGCCGACUCGUCCGGUAAAUUCACUUCACCCGCCAUGCAACCCGGCACAUACACAAUGGUAUUGUAUCAGACUGAGUUCAAAGUGGCUGAGACUAGCGUAACAGUUACUGCUGGUUCAACAGCUAGUAAGAAUAUUGCUUCCGGAGUCAUAGCAAGAAACACCAUCUGGACGAUUGGUACUUGGGAUGGUCAACCCACUGGAUUCCGUAAUGCCGAUAAGCAGCUUCGUAUGCAUCCUUCUGACAAGAGAAUGUCGUCUUGGGGUCCCCUCACCUACACUGUUGGGUCAAGCUCAUUGACAGACGUACCUAUGGCAUUAUGGAAAGGUGUCAAUGAUCCUCUGACAAUCAAAUUCACCCUAUCAGCAGCUCAGGCUGGAGCCGCUACUUUAAGAAUUGGAACCACGCUGUCUUUUGCUGGCGCAAGACCUCAAGCCAAGAUCAAUAGCUACAGCGCUACUGCCCCUGCUGCUCCAGCAAAGAUUGAUUCUCGCGGUGUGACUCGAGGAGCAUAUCGUGGUAACGGUGAAGUGUACGAUGUCAAGAUCCCUGCUGGUACUUUGAUCGCCGGUGCGAAUACCAUCACAAUCACUGUUGCAUCAGGGUCAAGUGGCGACUCGUACUUGGCCCCGAACAUCAUUCUGGAUGCCAUAGAACUGUUCCAGUAGAGCACAUCACCCAGUCUCCGGUAUCCGGAGAGCCACAGUAUGAGCCGUGUUGUGGAAAGCUAUCCAGAUGUCUUCAUCAGGUAGGAGAUGGGUAUUUCGGAGAUGCUCUUGCCUCUUUCCGGCAUGUACGAAGGGACGAAGAUAGUCGUUUGGCCGUAUCGUAUCAUCGUAAUAUACAAUCCCGCCGUGUAGGCGUAUCGUAUAACCGUAUCCAAUCCCGUAUGGUACCGUAUGGACGAAGCAGGAAGACAG